AAUUGAUAUGUCAUAUAUACGCCAUAUUAACUUCAAGAAAAUGUGGGUUUUAUUUAAUUGUUGAUAUUUUGGCUUUUGUAUUAAUUAUUAAAAGAUACUUCAGAAGGUUGGAAAGGAAAAAGUGGUUUAAAAUGAACUCUCUGGUGGGUUACGGCAGUGACGACAAUAGCGAGGACUCUGCAGAGGAGCGAUUUCCGGAGAUGCCCGGAAGACCCAAUCUAUCUGCCAACAAACAGCAUGGAAAGCCUGCAGUGCAUGGUGACAACUAUGAGGAAGUUGGAAUGGACAUGAGUGAGGACUCGAACGAUUCAGAAGAACCGAGCUCAAAGUUGAACAAUACUUCACGGGAUGCCAACCCAUUCUACAAUAAUCCGGAUGUGCGGCCAGAACAUACACGAAGAAGUGACAGUCCCAAGCAUAAAAGAGAAGAGGAGCGAAGAUCCGUCAGGAACGAGGAAGAAAGAAGCAGAGAUGAUAAGGGACGAGACAGUGAUAGGGAUAAAUACAGGCCAUCAAGAAGGGAUGACGAUAAAGGGCGAGGUAGAAGAGAUGAUGAUAAAGGGAAGAGCAAAUAUAGAGAUGAUCGCAGAGAUAGAAAGGACGACAGAUUUGGUCGUGACCGAAGAGAUAGACGACGCAGCAGAAGCCGAGAGAGGAAGCGUGAUUCAAGGUCUCCAAGAAGGACGUCAAGAUCUCCAAAAAGAUCAUCGAGAUCACCGAGAAGAUUAUCGAGAUCACCGAGAAGAUCUUCGAGAUCACCGAGAAGAUCAUCGAGAUCUCCAAGAAGAUCAAGAUCAGGAUCGAAGGACAGGGGAGGAGAUCGUAAGUUCAGCAGUCGAAAAGAAAAAGCCGAUAAGAGGAUGGAUAGGUUGGACAAACUGGGCAUUCAAUUUAAACCUGAUAAUUACCCGAAAUCUGCUCUGGAAGAUGCCGAAAGGAACAGUCAACCCGGAGGAAAUCGGUUUUUCAUGCCGGGAAUUACCGGUCGAUUUAGAGAUCAAAUCGAGAAGAGGAAACUGCUUUGGCAAAAAGCUAAGGAAAGUGACAACGCGCCGGCGGCCGGACCCAGCGCUCCUGCGCCGAACGCAAUAGCAGGCGGUAGUAAAGCAACGAAGGUGUAUGAAGCUACAACAUUUGCAGAUGAUAAAACCUCAAACAAAUUCAAACGUCUGAUGGGCAUUAAAGAAACAGACCCGUCAGCGCUACCGGUCAAAGGUACCGACGUUCUAAAGAAGCAACAGGAAAUGUUCACAUCGAUGGAAGCUCAGUAUGAGGUGGCCAGAACAGCUACGCAUACUAUGAGAGGUGUAGGGUUAGGUUUCGGAAGCUUUCAACGAUAAUAAGUGUUUGUUGUAUAUUGUGUGAUUAUAAGUUUACUUAAUAGCGUCGCACUAUUCUGACGAUAGGUCUUAGAAUGUCGAAUUUACCGUUUCUGUAUAUAUAUAUAGAGGUUCGAAAGGUAAAUGUGAAUUAGAAACUUUUGAGUUAUUCACAGAGUGAUUGGAUUUUCUGUUUGGCAUAACGAUUUUUCUGAUACGCGGGACACCCUAUAUAAUUGUACUUUUAAGUAGUAUAUUUUUUCGUAUAGGUAGUAAAUUAAAUUGUUAGGUAUUUAAAUUGGGUAUAUAAAAUAUCUCUAUGUUACCUAAGGAUGCCUUGUAAUGAAUAAUAUAUAAUUAGAAUUCAGACAUAUUGUAAAAUCAUUCAUAACAUAAAGUAUUGUUGAAUCAGAA